UUGUUAUUAUUAUUUUAUGCAUCUUAAUUUGGGCCAAAUUCGGUGAAGGUAUCCUUGCUUUCCUCGACGCUUCGAUCCCUCUUUGUCCAUGUCUCCCACCUCAUUUCUUUAUUUUAAACCAAUAGUUUUCACUUCCAUUCAACACUUUUAAGUCCUUCUUGCUCAUCUUUCUCUUUAAUGGGGACUCUUCUCCGGUUAUUUUCACCUCCUCCUACUAAAGCUUCUCACAUAAACCAUAUAAAGAACCCUGUCUCUGUUUUCUCUUCUCCAACACCCACUAUCACGUUUUCAAGAAAUUCAAACUGCAGAAUCCGCAGCAGCAAGUUUGGAAGCUUUCUUGAAUUGAAACCCGAAUCAACACCUGACUUCUUAGAUUUUGAUCUCUCCUGGUUUGAUCCGGCUGCUCGAUCCCGCUUUGAUGUCAUCAUUAUUGGUACCGGACCGGCUGGCCUCCGCCUCGCUGAGCAAGUUUCAGGCUAUGGAAUUAAGGUAUGCUGCGUUGAUCCUUCACCACUUUCGAUGUGGCCUAAUAAUUACGGUGUCUGGGUUGAUGAGUUUGAAAGCUUGGGGCUUUUAGAUUGUCUGGACAAAACAUGGCCUAUGGCUUGUGUAUUCAUAGAUGAUCACAAGACCAAGUACUUAGACCGACCCUAUGGUCGUGUUAGUAGGAAGAAAUUGAAGACGAAAUUAAUUGAGAAGUGUGUCUCAAAUGAUGUUAAAUUUCAUAAGGCUAAGGUUUGGAAAGUGGAACAUGAAGAGUUUGAGUCUUCAGUUAUUUGUGAUGAUGGGAAUGAGCUUAAAGCAAGCUUAGUUGUGGAUGCAAGUGGUUUUGCUAGUCCUUUCAUCCAGUAUAAUAAGCCAAGGAACCAUGGGUAUCAGAUUGCCCAUGGUAUAUUAGCAGAAGUGGACUGUCACCCAUUUGACUUAGACAAGAUGAUUCUCAUGGAUUGGAGAGAUUCCCAUAUGGGAAAUGAACCUUAUUUGCGAGCAAGCAAUUCAAAAUUUCCAACCUUUUUGUAUGCCAUGCCAUUUGAUUCCAAUUUGAUAUUUUUAGAAGAGACUUCUCUGGUCAGUCGGCCUGUGUUAUCCUACAUGGAGGUGAAGAGAAGGAUGGUGGCGAGGUUGAGGCAUUUAGGAAUCAGGGUGAAGAGAGUAAUAGAAGAUGAGAAAUGUUUGAUUCCAAUGGGAGGACCCCUUCCUAGCAUCCCACAAAGUGUGAUGGCUAUUGGUGGAACUUCAGGGGUAGUCCACCCAUCAACUGGGUAUAUGGUGGCUCGAACAAUGGCCUUAGCCCCAGUUGCGGCUGAUGCCAUUGCAGAGUGCCUUGGCUCAACCAGAAUGAUAAGAGGAAAGCCACUUUAUAAUAGAGUGUGGAAUGGGUUGUGGCCACUGGAGAAGAGGUGUGAAAGAGAAUUUUACUCUUUUGGGAUGGAGACCCUUUUGAAACUUGAUUUGAAAGGUAGCAGGAGUUUCUUUGAUGCUUUCUUUGAUUUGGAUCCUUAUUAUUUGCAAGGGUUUCUCUCCUCAAAGUUGUCUUUAGGGGAGCUUGCGUUGUUGAGCUUAUCUGUAUUUGGAAAUGCCUCAAAUUCUUCCAGGUUUGAUAUUGUUACAAAAUGUCCUGUACCCCUAGUUAGAAUGAUGGGUAAUUUAGCACUUGAAACCAUUUUAUAAAGAUUUCUGUCACUGUAGAAGAACGAUUCUUAAUCAUUUUCGCUUGUGUUAGCCUCUAUUUGAAAUAAAUCAUUUAUAUCGUUUAUAAAAAAUAAAAAAAAACUGAAUUGAAUUUUUGUAACUUUAUUAGAUUAAUAUACAAGAAUGACAGCAUUUAAGGC